CGUGUGACACGUCACACGAGCCUGCCCGACCGAACGCCGUGCGCUCUGCAUUCAUUUCAUUCAUCGCACAAGUCAUAAGUGAUGUCGAGAGCUGCGCGACCGCGUAAUGUUUAGUGUGAUGUGUGAUGCUUAAUUUAGUCGAGUAAUGUGUGAUAUUACUCUACGCGGUCGGGUAAUAUUACGCGUAAUGCAUUACUCGCAUCACUUACACAUGUCUACUAGUUUGCGGUUGCCCGCCAUUGACGGUACACGUGUUCACCAACAUUCGCGCAUUCUGAUAAUGGAUUUCGAUACCGAAAAAUUUAUAGUCGAGAUACAAAAUAGGCCAGCAAUCUGGAAUACUAAAUCCGCAGAAUAUUCCGAUAAAAACUUACGUUCAAAAGCUUGGGAAGAGUUGGUGGAGAUUUAUGGAGCUGAUUUAUCACAGGAUAAAAAAAAAGAACUUGGUCUCAAUAUUCAAAAAAAGUGGCGGAACAUUCGCGACGCUUUUGUAAAGACCCAUAAAGCAAGGAUAAGUCCGAGUGGGUCUGCAGCGAAAAAAAAGGAAUCUUAUAUAUUUUAUGAUAAUCUUUUAUUUAUAAGAGAUACAGUAACUGUUAAUCGCACAGACGGUAAUGCUACAGUAAAUGAAGAUAUUGGGACAACUACACGGGAUGAAGACAAUCCUUCAUCAAAUACUGUAUUGGCAUCAAAGAAAAGAAAGAGAAAUAAUGAAGACCACAUUGGUGCACAGUUAGUCGGAGUUUUAAGUAAAAAUUUAGAAAAAAAAAAUUUGGAUGAUGACAACGAUCGCCUUUUUUUCUUGUCAUUGGUAAAGGAUUUUAAGAAAAUACCCGAUCACCUACGAAUGCAAACCAAGUUAGAUAUUUUAAGAGUAAUUAAUGACGCACAACAUUUUUCUGAUUACUAUGCAAACACACAGUGGAGUUCUUCAAGGCCCAAUUCCUAUCGUGGAUACCAAACGACGCAGUAUUCGAGAAAUAAUCCCAACAGUCAGCCUAUGUAUCCGUCGGAAUUCGGACGACCACAUUCUCAAGCGUCCGCAGCGAGUCCGUCGCAAAACUUGGAUGUACAAUCACCAUUAUCAACGGGCCAAGAGUCUCAAAAUAGUGAACACUCGUCUUACUUGGAACUUUUUAAUUCUUUAAAUGAUAAUGACAAUGAUUAAAAUGUGAACCCACUUUCUUUUGAACCAUAAAUAAUAAUAAAUUAACCACAUACAAA